CCGUCGCGGGGCGCGGGCGGCUGCGCCGAGCUGGCGUGCGGCGAGCGGGAGCGCUGCUGCGCCGCGGCCAACGGCACGACCCCGCGCUGCUGCGCGCCGCCCCUGCACGCCUUCCUGGACGGCGUGGGCUGGUUCGUCCGCAAGCUCUCGGGGCUGCUCAUCCUGCUGGUGCUCUUCGCCAUCGGCUACUUCCUGCAGCGCAUCAUCUGCCCCAGCCCGCGCCGGCCCGCGCCGCGCCCCGCCGCCGCCGCCGCCGCCGUCCCCGGCCCCGACGCCGCCGACGCGCCCGCGUUGCUGCCCCCCGACGACGCGGCCGCGGGCUCCCAGGACUCGCUGCUGGACCGCGCCGGCCCCGACGGCGCCCUGGCGCCCGCCUUCCUGCAGCUGCCCAGCUACGACGAGGUCAAGUACCUGCCCACCUACGAGGAGUCCAUGCGGCUGCAGCAGCUGGGCGCGCGCGAGCCGGCCGCGCGGGGCCGCUUCCCGCUCAUCUGA